CUGCAGUCCAUGGAGCGCUUCGCUGCUGCCUUCGUCUUCCCGGAGGGCGAGGCGGGCGGGGGCCCAGCCGGCGGAGGAGGAGGGGGCUUGGGCGGCGACCGUCCGGCGAGGCAGCAGGCGCGGCACUACCAGAUGCUCUCGGAGCUGCAGGCGCUGGUGAAGCAGCUGCCCAGUUCUUCUCAGCAGAGGCUGUCCUACACCAUCCUCAGCGACCUGGCCUUGGCCCUUCUUGACGGGACCGUCUUUGAGAUCGUACAGGGCCUGCUGGACAUCCAGCACCUGACGGAGCGAAACCUCUACAACCAGCGGCUCAAACUGCAGACGGAGCAUCGAGCCCUGAAGCAGGAGACCUUCCGCAAACACAAGGAGGACCAGCAGAGCUGCCAGCCCCACAACCUGCCCCUUCUGAAGGCCGCUCAGCAGCGAGAGAUGGAGGCUGUGGAGCAGCGGAUUCAUACUGAGCUACGGAUGAUGGAUGAGAAAAUAGUCUUGGAGCUGGAUCAGAAAGUGGUGGACCAGCAGAGCACAUUGGAGAAAGCUGGCAUCUGUGGCUUCUACAUCACCACCAACCCCCAGGAACUGACGCUCCAAAUGAACAUGCUGGAGCUCAUUCGGAAGCUACAGCAAAGGGAAAUGCAGCCCAGGCAGCCGCUCCCUUGAGAGGGGACACAGGAGCUUUUCCCACCAUGCCUGGCAUUGGCCCUCAUGGGUCUUGUGGAAACAUGGAUGUCGAUCGUUUGCCUCACAGAAGAGCAGGACAAAGCUGCAGGGUCUCCUGCUUGGGUGGGGGGUUGGACUAGAUGACCUACAAGGUCCCUUCCAACUCUCUUAAUCUGAAUCUAAGGCCGAAGGAGUUCAGAUCGAGUUUGUCUUUGGUCUUUCUUAGAACAAGGGUCCUGGGUGGUUGUUUCUUUUUAUAAUGUUUGAGGAAUUUCCAAAAUAUCUACAGGUUGAUAUUUUGAAAUUGUAAUAUAGGAGAUACAGGCUGUAAAAAGGCAAUAAACACAAUUUAUUUAUUCAGUAGAUUUCUAUGGCUGCCCAUCUCAAACACAUGAUUCACUGCAUGAUAUUCAUUGCACGAUAUAAAAAAUCCUGGCACUCAUCUAGUUAAUUGAGCUGACCCGGAACCAGAAACCCUGGUGGUUCUGUUCACCAGUAAAUGGGACUGUCCAAUCAAGCCUCCUCCAUAUUGUUUCCAACAUCUUUCUCCCAGUUUGGAACUGAACCAGAUGGAUUUUUCUCCCAACAGUUUUCUAAAGCCAUGUUUUUCAUACAAAAAUGGUGUUUUAAUUUGUACUAUAUGAAAAUCCUAAAUCUGUACCACUGCAAGCCCAGCUUAAAAAUUACUGCUGGGCAGCAUUUAAAGCCAUGGCAAGUCCUUUCUUCCAAGUACCAUAGGAACUCUAAAAUUUAAAGCAACAAUGAAUUCAUUUAAGGAAAUUAAAGUGUAAAAGAUUGAAAGUG